AUGACUAGGGGGGGGCAUAGGUCGAACCUCGACGAUAUUGCCGAGAAAUACAGAAAAGAUAGUGCGGAAAUUCUCUUGGCAAAGCAUUUCCUCUCUCAUCGGAAGACUCUACCCCUGCAUAUCAUCGCAAUGGCAACGCCCGACCAAGUUCUAUCGGGAUUGAACUUCGGAGGAUCAUUAGCUCUACCCUCUAAUAACUUACUCACCAAAAGCCUCCCCGACAAAUGCGACCCAAACGACCCUGAUCCACUCCUUACCGCAACCAUCGCUAAAAUGAAAGCUUCUUAUCCAGAUAAGGUCACCCAGACCAAGAAAAGGAAGCGAUUGCAGCCAUCGAUCGAGACCCCUAUUAAGCAGCCUAAUAUAGACUCGACCAACCUAGCCCUGCCGGUUCCAGACACUGUUUUGCUGGUGCCGCCGGAAUUCGUCACCACACUCGUCAACCACACUAACGCCAUCCUUCAAUAUGCUGCGAUGAUACCAGAUUACAUCGCCGCACUCAACGCCCACACUAAUGCGUUAAAAGCGAACGCCAAUAUAUCGACACGGGCGAACGCUAAUACGCCAACACAAGCGACCGCCAACACAUCGAUACGGGCGAACGCCAACACAUCGAGCACUCCUACCAUAGUCCUCCGUAGGAAUAAAAAGACAAAGAACGUAGUACUAUCGACCCCGUCUACUGACGACUUUUGGCACUCUAAUGCGGAAUAA